CUCUCUCCUCCGCUCAUCCUCUCUUCUUCUGCUGUUGUUGUUGCUGUGGCCGCUAAUCUGAGGGAGUUCUUUCUCUUUGUGGCUCUGGUUGUCAUCUCUCCAUCUCCUCUCCUCUCCUCUCCUCUGCUGUGUUCAGUCGUUCCUGUGUCAGAUGAGUUCUUGUGGCGAGAUGGGAGAGGCCAUCGAACUCAGUACCAGGGAGCACGUGACCCCGGAGAUGAACAAGCUUCGUCAGAGCCUGAGGAGGAAGAAGCCCACCUACGUCCCAGAGGCCAGCAGACCGCACCAGUGGCAGGCCGACGAGGAGGCUGUACGCAAGGGAAAAUGUAACUUCGCUGUCCGGUACCUGGGGUUGGUGGAGGUGGAGGAGUCGAGAGGGAUGCAUGUAUGCGAAGAGGCAGUGAAGACGCUUAAAGUUAUGGGAAAAAAGACAGUCAAAGCAGUAUUGUGGGUGUCGGCUGAUGGACUCAGGGUGGUGGAUGACAAAACCAAGGAUCUCAUUGUGGACCAGACCAUAGAGAAGGUGUCUUUCUGCGCUCCAGAUCGUAACUAUGACAAGGCCUUUUCCUACAUCUGCCGGGACGGCACCACCAGACGGUGGAUCUGCCACUGCUUCAUGGCUCUCAAAGACUCCGGGGAGAGACUGAGCCACGCGGUGGGCUGUGCCUUCGCCGCCUGUCUGGAGAGGAAGCAGCGCCGGGAGAAGGAGUGUGGCGUGACGGCCUCCUUCGACGCCAGCCGCACCUCCUUUGUCCGCGAGGGCUCUUUCCGCGUCAACUCCUCCUCCAGCCAGCAGGGCGGCAGCGGGGACCGAGAUGACAUCAUGAAGCUGCAGGACAAGAAGAAAGACACACCCUCUGCCAUCCCUGCCCUGCCACCUGGUACAGCCUCCCCACCCGAGGGUGCGGCAUCCCCCGUGGAGCGUCCGGAACCUGGCGGGCCCCAUGCCAUCCCUCGCCGCCACGCGCCCAUAGAGCAGCUGGUGCGCCAGGGCUCAUUUCGGGGAUUCCCAGCUCUCAGCCAGAAGAACUCUCCCUUCAAGAGGCAGCUGUCACUCCGCCUCAACGACCUGCCAUCCACACUGCAGCGCAAGACCGACUUCCAGGCCAAGAACCCUGUUCCAGAGAUGGAUAUGGGGGUGCCAGGUGAGGGAGACAGUAGUAUUAAUGCCCUGUGUAGCCAGAUCAACACCUCCUUCACCAAACCGUCGGACGAGCUCUUCUCCAACACUUCCUCCAUCAAUGGCCCGCCGGCCUGCACUGUGCCCCCUGUCUUGCCACCCCCUCCUGCCCCCCUGCAGGCCACUUCUAACUGGGUGCAGACGGACUCUCCGCUCAAUUCUCCUCCUCCGGUUUCCGUGGCGAUGCAGAUGCAGAGCGGACACAAACGCACACCGUCUGAGGCUGAGCGAUGGCUAGAGGAGGUCGCCAAGGCUGUCAAGGCUCAGCAGCAGACCCCUCCUCCAGGUCCCGCCAUCCCCACCAUCCCUGGACCGCCCUCCAUGUCAAAUCAGCCCAUGUCAAAUCAGGCGGCCUUAUCAGCUGCACCGGUGUCUACUGUCUCCAUGUCCCUGGGCUCCAUGUCCAAUCCCCUCAUGUCGGGCCCCUCCUCUGUCUCAGGCCAGCCCCCAAUGCCCCUUCCACCCAUGUCGCUAUCAUCAGUUCCACUUAUACCAGGUCCUCCAAUGUCAGGUCCGCCUAUGUCUCUGCCCUCCAUGUCCAUCCCCACCAUGUCGGGUCCUAGCAUGUCUGGGGCCCCCAUGAUCCAGCCCGCCCUCCCCGGGCCCCCAGGCUCCCUCCCAAGCUCCAUGCAGCCCUUCCCCCUGGCCUUUGACGCCACCCCGGCCCCUGUGGGAAUGUUCGCCAGCCAGCCUGUCCAGCCGGCUUUCGUACCCAUGCAGACGUACAUGCCAGGCCUGGCCAGCAGUAUGACCUACCCCAACGCCAGCGUGCCUGUGGUGGGCAUCACGCCAUCGCAAAUGGUGGCCAAUGUCUUUUGCACCGCCACUGGCUCAUCAGGUGCGGGUGGAGCCAUGGGCUCGGUUGGAGGAGGAGCCAAAGUCGGGGCACUCGGGACAGUUGGCCACCAUUCUUUUGCUGGAGCGCCUAGUGCAGUUGGACAGACUGGAGGGUUUUCCACGCCACCGUUCUCUUCCACCCAGCCGUUACCUACAGCCAUUAAUGGCCUCCCGCCGCACAGCAGCAGUAACGCCGGUACAUUGGGCCUCCAAAAUGGCACCUCCAAUAGUGGUGGGAAUGGUGGCAGUGCUAGCAGCUGGCCACCAGAGGGCAGUCAGCUAACGGCCCCAGCGGCCAGCGACUCCCAAGAAGCAGAGCGUUUUGAGGCCAAGUGGGCAGCACUGGAGAGCAAACCGGCAUCUCAGCAGCCUGGAAGCAAGGCAACAACUGCAGCGGCCAACCCGUUUUCCAACGAUCUGCAAAAGACGUUUGAGAUUGAGCUCUAAGCCACAGUUGGCUUCCCAAAGGCGUAGCCGCUAGCCCUGGAGAUAGCCUGUGAUAGCCAGGUGCUAAUUCCGGCAUCUCUGCAUAGAAAAGGAUGCAGGUCCCUGAACUAGCCUAGGAUCUGCCCUGUGACAGCCCAACAGCUUGCCAACAGCUCUCAUAGGAGCUGAUGGUAUAUUGAAGUUAAUUGCUUUCUUUACGCUCCCAUGAGAGCUAGGAAUGACAUUGGCCGAUUGUUGGGCUGCCAUUGGAGGAUCAGGGUUCUAGCUCACUAAACCAGACCCAAACAUGAUGGACUGACCCCUUUCAAUUCUUGCGUUCCCCACUUCUUCUUUCCUGCUUUCACUUCUGGAUUUACUUUACCUGCUCCAAGUCCCUGUAUGUGUGUGCACCCUGAAAGCAGCAGGGGGAGCAUAGUUCAGUGAUUUCUUGAAAAGGGGACUCUAAGAUGCAUUCCACUCCCAUGAGAAGUUUUUGGUUGUUUUGUUUUUUGGCCGAGUUGGAAAUUUUAAACAUGGCUACAUCACAGGAUGUGCAGAGAGAGAAAAAGUACGAUUCAUUGACUGAAAAAGGGAUUGAUGCUCAUAUUCGCCAAGCACAGCAGAGUUUUGGAGACCUAAAAGGACUACCAAUGAUAUGAGAUCCCGCUCUACCAACCCAAAAGGACAUACUGACCAAUAGUAGAAGAGAUUGAUGGCCAAAAUGAUUUUAUUAUUUAUUGUAUUUUAUUUUUUUGGAUCUUAACAAGUUAUAUAUAUUUCAAAAAUCAAGUUUUAAAGCAGUGUUUCAGGAGCGUGUUGUUUUUUUCCCCCUUAUAUAUUUAUUUUUGUUGAUUUGUAAAGGAGGGAACCAGACAUGUAGACAGGUGGAGGUAGAAGGAGAAAGCAUUGUGAGAAACUUGAGUCACUUGACUGAAAUACUAUGUAGUAAAAACCAAAUUGCAGGGCUGACAGUACAGCAGUACAUAAUACGACGUGUAUGAGAGUUAUUGUAAAUAGCGGCAUGCUUCUUCCACCCAUCAGCCCUCAUGUAUAAUGCUCCGAUGCUGCUCAGUCCAGAUAAGUUGAUACGACUUCACUUUGGCACCGCAGUCCAUUUCUGUUGCUAAUGAAGUCCUCUUUGAAGGGCACCAAGACGCAAAAAAAAAAAAAAAGAAAAAGAAAAAAAAUGCUUCAGGAUAUCCAACACCCACUCUGGACAACAGCACAGCACAACAGCCCUUUGGACUCAGUGUAACUCUCCAGAAGACAAACCCAAGGAACUUUAACAAACUCAGUGGAAAUUUAAAAAAAAAAAAAAAAAAAAAAAAAAAACACUCAACACUGUGUAACUGGUUGAAAAAAGAUGCACUACAUUCCAGUAUUGCUAAAUCCUUUUAAGAGUUCAAACACAGGGUAUAGUCACAUCAUAUACAUUAGGAGUGUGUGUUCACUACUACUGUAUCAGUAGCAGCAGUACUCCAUUCAUUACAAGCUGUUCAGCAGGAUUGACUAUGAAAGGGAAGAGAGUAGGGGGAAGGAACAAAAUAACAGAAAGACGUACAGGGUAAAUCAGUGAUGCAUACAUUUUGACAACCAGGUUUCGAGCUGUGUUGAAUGCAGCUGAGUGAACAGAUUGCCCAAGAGGGAAAAUGUGGUGUGGCAGAAGAAUAGAUGGCUGAAGGAAAAGAAAACGGAAGGAAAAGCUGUAUGUGAGAGACUGAAGGGGAGAAUGGGGUUAUAUGCCUUACAAGAACGAAACAGAGGAAGUCUGAGGGAAGGAAAACGAGAUAAGAUGGGAUGAAAGAGGAAAAGACACGGGGGGGGAGAAAGAGAGAGAUUGAGUGUGUGAAAAUAUCAUUAACAAAGACACAUUCAUCGCGUAACCGCCUUUUAUUUGUCUCUUUAUAUCUUCUUUGCGACCGAGCCAGUUCAAGUUGCAGCAUCAUGUCCCCCACCUCUGUAAGCCUGCCUCAAAAAAAAAAAAACAAAAACAAACAAAAAAAAAAAAACUACUCACUUUGAUCAUAUUUAGGAAGGAGUUGCAUCUUAUAUAUCUACCGUCACAUAAACAAGAGGUAUUUUCUUUUAUUCUACGUGCAACUCCCUAUAUAGUUAACCUUAACUCCAACAAUGUCUUGAAAGCUUUCACAUGUUUUCGACGUGCGGUCCGUGGCAUGAGUCAUACAAGUCUAUCCAAGAGGAUGCAACAUUACAAAAUGUUCCAGUAGAAAUGUGUUUGGUAGAGGGCCUUUUUUCCAUUGGAGGCAUAGGAGUAUAGGCUGUAUUGUUGCUCUGUACUGUAUGUUAUAUUUCUUCACAUGAGCAGUAAUGUUAAAUCUGAGUAGACACACCUCCCUCCCUGCAGAACUGUUACGCCCCUUGAGAUUUCAAUUGAAUGAAUCUGUUUAUUAGGUUUCCUGCUCAUUAACUCCAUACAUCUUAAUUGGCCAGUUGGUGCUUUUCCUGGGGCUGUACUCCCCAUCUGAUUUGCCGCCAUAGCCACAGGCCCUAAUUUAUGCGUUCUCGUGUCCACCCAGGUUUUUCUUCCUUUGUUUUACGGGACAAAUUGAUAUUUCCUCUCCACAAAACCAAGUUCAAAUUCCUCUCUUUACCCUCCCCUCCUUAACGAGACAAAACUGAGUUGCUCAUGAAAAUCAAGGCUUUUCUUUCAUUGGAAAUAAUCCCCCACCACAACCACCGCCACCACCCCCCAAGACUUGUUUGCACGCCCUCCAAAUUCUAAGUGUAGGUUAAUUGUGUUCCGCAUUAAAAGCAAACUAAAUGACCUCAUAAACUUGAUUGUAAAACCAUAGUUUUAGUGAUGGUAACAAAACAACCAGUGGAGUUUAUUUUAAUCUUUAUUUACAGAAUUUUUGUAUUUAAACCUACAUAUUUGUAUUAUAACUACAUUGUACAAAAGAUAAAUAAAGUAAUAUAAUAUUACACCUGU